AAUUUAUAUAAACCAAUAAUGUCAAUUGCAGCAUUUUAUUGUAUGCUCCAUACCAAGCUCAAGUGCCUAGGUAAUGCCGACGAAAGAGAUUCCCGUAGUUGUGUGUAGGCAACAUUCGGCACUAAAAGACAAUUUUCGAAGUCCGAAAAACUAUAAGACAUGAGCUGCACAAUCUACUCGAUAUUUCAUUUCCUUUUGAGCUAGCAACUGUAUUCAAAUCAAUACUUGGGCGAGUGAUGAUCACGUCGAAAAGACAACCAGAAAAUCAACAUAAGAAAGAGACCCCCUUCUCUCUAGAUCCUCUACAUUCUAUCUUCUCCUUCCCUUCAGUGGAUUGAUUGGAUCCAAAGAUGGGUUAUAGCGAGACCGUUUGUCAAAUCUGUGCUGUAUCAUUCAAUCUAGCAAGGUGCCGCACAAAACAUGAACCACCAGAGGCUGGUUGGGGCCAUUCAACUAGUAUGGAUUAUGCCAGAGAAGCGAGAACCUGCUAUGAUUUAUCAGAAGAAAGUGGCUGCGAGAAAAUUGCCAGAAAUGGACCAUUGACUGAGCAUAUUGCUGGUCCAAAUUGUGUUUUCGAUGGGGGCUACAGCGGAUAUCGUAUUUCAGUGGCACAAAUGAAGGAUAUGACGCUAUCUCGUUACAUCAUUAAGAAACCAGAAAACAUUUCUGAAGAGGAAGAUGCACCAGAUUAUGAAAAGUGCAGUGAUUACUUUAUUACAGAUCAGUCAAUCACCACCCAAGAUCAUUGGCAGCCGGGUGACUUGCCCCGUUACCGUUACGGUAUCGAUUCGUUCUUGCCUAUGAACUAUGAAGUUAUAGACAAACACGGAUUUCCUCGUGCCGUCCCAGUUCACGAUUCAUGCUGGAAAAUCUUCGAACGUGUUUCAAAACUUCGAUUGGGGAGGGUUGACCUCCAAGGAUUCAUGGCCCUUUGGCAUAGGUCUGCAUGCUCAAAUUGUGGUUUCCAAAAUAUUAAACAGGAAACCAUAAUAAAGGAGUGUAAACAGCAGUGGUGGAAUUAUGUUCCUGGCUCGGAAUUUCUUGCAGCCAAUCCUCAUGAUAUUCCGGGAUUUUCUCUCAUGAUAUUAGAGGCAUACAAACACCAGAAUCCUUAUAGUAAGAACAAGGGGGCUGUUUGGCGCAAGAAACAAUUCAAUGGAGAUUUGUUGCAGCCAUAUGUGAACUCAACAGAUCAUUUCAACAAGCUUCCGAUCGAACUCAAGCAAACAAUAUUAUACGAACUUGGGUCUAAGGAUAUCGCAAACCUCCGCCUAGUAAGUCGCGCAUUUCGUCAACUUGACCACCAGCUGUUCAGACAUCUCCUUGUGAAGGAGCUUCCAUGGUUCUGGGAGAUCGAUCAUAUUCAACAACGCAAAAUGGAACAAUUUCGAAAAAUGAUCCUCGAACGAUAUGGAGAAGAUCUCGCAGGACUGAGCGAAAAAGACGAUUUUGAGUAUGUGCAAUUUAUGAAAGAUUGUGUCGCUAUGAAACCACCAAGUUUUGUCUGGAAGCUAGUUUAUGAUCGGGUCAAACUUUUGCAGAAAAGUAACUUGGGAGUGAGGAAUAGGGUGAGGGUAUGGGGGCUAGCGGAGAGAAUAGCGGAACGCAUUGGUCAUUUGAGAGGGUUUGAAAGUCCCGGGAAAAGAUACGAUCAAAGGUACGGUGAGGAUGAUUUGCAGGUCAAACCUACAGAGGAAGAAGUUGAUAGUGGCGCUGUCAAUCAUGGGUACGAAUGUAGUGAAUGUAGUUAUUACCAGAUUGAGAGAAUGGAGAUGUCGAGCGAAUGCUAGAUUCAUAGGAUAAUCUCUAUCUCAUAGAUUGCUUUAUAUUCAAACAUUAA